AUGUCUACUACCCUCCAAGUCCUUGCUAAUUAUUAUGAGUCUGUCAUCCAGUGUGAGCAGAUUUAUAGCGAUCACAUUAUUGCUCUUCAAUUGAGAGAUCCCGAGGCUAAAGAGCAACAUGAAUUGAUGUUAACUAAGGAAGCAAUCAGUUUAAAGAAACAAAUGGAGGAAUUGGUUACGGAGAACGUUAUUCAACAGCAGGAGAUUGAGAAGUUACGUGAAGUUAAUAAGACGCAGCGUUCAGUAUUGGAGUCCAAGCUAGAAACGGCAAAGAAGCAACUAGCCAAGUAUAAGGAGCAAAAGAAUGGGAUACAAAACUACCAGGAGAAUAGUAACUCACCCGGUAAGUCGAAAGGUAGGCAGUCUAGAUUUAGUCGGUUCCAUCUUUUGUCUCCAAUGCAGAGGUUGAAAUCAGGAGAGAGAAGACCAAAUAAGAUAGCGAUAAAUAACCGGGUUGCCCAGCUUCGACAAUUGAUAAAUGAGGGCCAAAAGACGAUUUUCGAUGAUACUUCAGACGAUUCCAUGAACCGUUCGGAUGAAAUGGUGUUUAUUGAGUCUCUGAAGCAGAGAAGUAUGAAAGCUAAAGACUCUAGUAAAGACAUUAAGGAAUUCGAUGAUGAGGGAGAAGCUAGAGAAAGUGAUAUUUCUACUCAGAAGAAGAAACGGAAGCUGUCACGGAAACGCAUAGAAACUGUUUUUACGGAUAACGAAGAACAAGACAUUGCACGGUUUAAAGACUUGAAGAAUGUGUUCACAAGUAAUAAUUAA